UAACUGCCUAGUAAUCAUUUGAAUUGAGUCGUACGUCCAUCCUGUUAUUGACUAUGAUUCACAUUGCUUUACUAACGCAAUUAAUUUAUAUAUACAAAUUGAUUGCUAUAAAAAUCCAGAAAAAUGUUAAAAUGCUAAAAUCUUAAAUCAUCCUUCUGCUAAUCAUUGUCUUUAAGGUGUCUACUCGGACUCAAAAACACGUCUCAUCCACUGUAACUUGUCGAAGUUUUGCUAUCCAAAAGUUGCAUUAAGAAAUGCUUGGUGUAGAUAAAGCUAAUUACAUGAUUGGAACCCCGACAGCUACCAGCUGAGAAGAGAUAAAAUUCAGUAUUCUCAAUCGACUAAACGGACAUUUAUGAAAUAUUCAACAAUGCCGAUCUAACAACACCUUCGAAAAAAACCCGCAUGCAUGAGCGCUGCGCUGUGAUGUCAUAGUCAGAUAAAGUAGUUAAAGAUACAACACCCCUUUUGCAACGGGGAUAGUAACAUAGAGUAUCGUUGCCUGCUGCCAAACCGAUUAACCUAAAAACUUUUCCAUUACAAUAAAAUAGCAAAGCGAGUAAAAACUCAACCUAACAUUCCUAGCCGACUGCAAAAAAAAAGACAUGAUGUGUGCGUGCGACCAGUCUUGGGGGCGUGCCGACUGUCGCAACAGCCAAUCAGCAGCGACCAUCGUGCAGCACGGCGCAGCCACGGCAGUCGCACGCUGCGAGCCGCGCCGAGCGAGCGCGCGUCAUUUUUGUCGCAACGAGGAACGUCGCUUCGUAAACAAAGUCCAUAUUAUAAACUCUGUGCUCGUGUAUCGAAUUUACGUAAACAUAGGAGAGAAGGGUAGAAGUUAUUGUAAAAAGUGUGUGAAAAUACAUAAAAUCUGGCGGAGAUGAUAAAAACGACCAUGUACCAGCUGAACCCGAUCCGCCUGAUCGAGGAGAUCAAGAAGCGGCCGGGGCUGUACCGCACCGAGCACCCAGCUGACCGCGAGGAGAAGUUGCAGCUGUGGAAGGAGGUCGGUGCGGAGAUAUACGACGACUGGGACAGCUUCAACAAGGCCACGGCGUACGAUCGGGUGCUGCAAUUGCAAAGAAAAUGGCGGUCUCUCCGCGACGCGUACAACCGGGAGCUAAGGGCAAGGAAGUCUACGCAGCGAGGCCACCGACGUGUUUAUAUCUACUUCAAAAGGAUGAGCUUCCUUGGAGGCUUUGAGGGAACUGUGAGCGAAGAGGACGAGGAUGGGAAUGAUAUAAUAUUCGCCAAUUCGCCCUCAGAGGAUCCGGACCCCCUGUUCCCAGUGGGUCCGGAAAAUAAACCGGCGGUCAAAGUGAAACGAAAGCGUCGCAAGAAAUCCAUUUCAUCGUACGACGAAGCACCUGAGGAAAUGGAGAUGCCCGUAUUUAACAUGGAUGUGGCCGAAGAGACCGACAGUGACAAGUUAUUUCUAAUGUCAUUCCUGCCAGAGAUGAAGCAACUGCCCGCAAACGUCAAGAUGUGGGCGCGUGCACAGAUAGCAAAUGUCAUGCAAGAAGCUGUCACUUGUCACUUCAACAACUCGUUUCCCAGCACUAGUAAUGUCAUGGACAGAAGUAACAGCAUGGCGAUGGGUAGGAACAGUCCCAUGGUCAAACAUAGGAGGGUAAGUUCGGAACAGUUUGGAGAAAAUAUAUAGUUUUAUAAUAUAAU